AUGUCUGUUCAACUUAACUGCCUUCUCUCAGGUCUCAGCCGAGAAGACAUCGUCCAGGUCCAGGUCGAACCUGGAUACUCCAUAGCCCGCCUGCGCGCGGCCAUAUGCGACCAACUGCGCGCUCAGGCUCAGGCUCGGGGUGGAAGAGACCACCUCGAAGGGACGUCGGAGAUCGACCUCCAGCUUAUCGGUGUUUCGCUCCCGUUUGAUGAGCUGGACAAGGCGAUGAGGCCGUUUGAUAUCCCUGGUGCGUUGGUGUGGGAUCAUUAUUUGGACCGGGUUGGUGCGUCUUUUGAGGGUGUGCGGGAUGAUUGUGUGCAUGUCGUUGUGGUUCGGCCUGAGGGUGAGGCUGACGAAGGGAGAAGGAAGAUGUCUCCUAGGCGGAAGUAUGAGGAAGAGGAGGAGGAGGAGGAUUUCCCAGAGUUGACUAAACGUUUAAAAAGAACGCUCUCCGUCCCCGGGAAAUUCACACCUUCGGAGGGCAGCAAGCCAAGUAACUACAGUGCGAUCCAAGACGGGGAUGCGCCGAUUUUGGACGGACGAUAUAGGAAUAGGACGAGCGAUCUCGCCCUCCCUGUGGAGGUCUACCACCCCGUGUUCGCGCGUUUCCGAGCUCGCGCUACGGACCCCGAACUGGCCAUCCCCGACGAUAUGCUCGGUCUCACGACCGAGCUCAUGCGAAAGGCGUCGCGGAUAUCGAUAGGGGAGCCGGAAUCGGAAUCCCGCACUGAGGGGAUGAGGGUGCUCCUCACCGAGAUAUUGUGCUUCACCGUCGUGCGGUUGGGGUAUGGCGAGCAGGCCUGGUUGUCACCGAGCUACGUCGCGGCAUUACCGCGCACUGAACAACCGUUGGGGUGUGCCGCGGUCGUCUUCCUCGAGGAGGCGGACGAGAUCGGUCAGGAUGGAGAUGGGACUACCAAGGGAGGCUUGGCGUACCUUCGUCACUGGAGUGACCGUAAUCAACGGGGUCUCCGGGAAAGGUUGCUCUGCCCGUCGUUCAUCGUUUCGAUCGCAGGACCGUGGAUCGCCGUCCUCGGUGCGGUGCUAACCACAAACGCCAUCGUCCAUCGUCUGACGGACUACAUCUGGAUUGGCGAGAGCCGCGUUCUCGACGACGCCAAUACCUUCCGCAUCGCCCGAGUGCUCACUGCGUUACGACAAUCCGUAGACGAUCUGACGACGUUCUACGAAUCCGAGAUUUCAAUGUCCGACAAUCCAUCUCGGUUCUUUCCCCGAGCCACCUCCUACUAUGAUGAUAAGCGCGGACAAAAAGUCGCGUUUGAGUACUUGGGAGGUCUGGUUCCGUAUAGGUGUGCGGCGUUUAUGGCGGUCGUGCCGGAGGAGAGGCGGUUUAUAGUUGUCAAGUUUGUCGAGCGGUACGGUGUGGAGGCGCAUAGAUUGCUCGAGGGGAAGGGUCUAGCUCCGACACUGUUGUACCAUGGAGAUAUUUGGCACGACGACCCCCUCGCGCAAGCUGGAUGCGGUACGCGGAAGAUGGUAGUAAUGGAGCACGUUGAGGGGAGGGUUUGUGUUGAUGGAGUUGCGGAAGGGGAGAGGGAGGUGGUUAGGGAGGCUGUGAGGUGGUUGCACGAAGCUGGGUUUGUGCAUGGGAAUAUUCGUGGGCGGAAUGUUUUGGUUGUGGGUGGCGAGGGUGGGGGUGGUGAUGGGGGCGAGGGUGGGGCGAAGGCUGGGAGUGUGAAGUUGCUGGACUUUGAUUGGGCUGGGAGGGAGGGCGAGGUGAGGUAUCCUCUUCGCUUGUCGAAGGAUCUUCGUUGGCCGAGUGGAGUACAUGAUAAUGGUCUCAUUUUUACGGAUCAUGAUAACGAGAUGGUGGAUUGGUUGUAG